UGAACAGUGCGCAUUUAAAGGCGAAUUGCAAUAUAGCACAACUUUGUGAAAUUUAUUUACUUAUUAUUAAAAGUUUAAGGAAAAAAAUAUAAAAACAAAACUAGCAAUAACAUCAAUUCCAGAAUGUUAUUAACAUUAAGACGUAUAACACAACGUUUGUAUCCAAAACAAAUACAACUCUCGAAAAUGUCUCAAAUUGGUGAAUUGGGUAGUGGUGCCGGUAAAGGCGGCGGUGGUGGUGGCUCUAUCCGUGAAGCUGGUGGCAGUUUCGGUAAAAUGGAAGCUGCCCGUGAAGAGGAAUUCUUUUAUAAGCAACAAAAAGAACAAUUAAAGAAUCUCAAGACCAAAACAGACGGUACAAAACCAAAUGAAACUGCCAAAAAGUAAACAGAAAGUUGGAAACACAGUGAAUUAUAUCUUGAGUUUUGUAGCCAUGGGCUUUAAAAGACUGUUGUUAUUGGCAUUGAUAAUUUAGAAAUUUAAGUUAUAAAAAAUAAAACAUUUAUAAAUA